GUGAGCAAGCGCUAAAUUCAAAAUUCAAAACAGCUGAGGAGCGUGUGGCGUGAGAGAGAGCGGAGAGACUUUUACUCCCUCAUCAGACAAAUAAAGAAGAAAAACAAAGAGGAUUGUGCUUUGAUUUAAGUCUAUAUCAGGAUGGACCCAUUCACGGAGAAACUGUUAGAGCGCACACGUGCUCGUAGAGAAAAUCUGCAGAGGAAGAUGGCGGAGAGACCAACGGCGGCCAACCGUCCAAUGGCUAAAAGGACAAGAGAGCCACUGAUAGACACAAACAGUGUCAUAAGUGAGCCGACCAUUGAAAAAGCACUUCCCUCUUCCAACCCAUCCCCCUCAAAGCGUCGCUGUUCAGAUGAAAAUGCUCUCCUUUCUGAAGAAGAAAACAAACAACCAGUGGCCCCGCAUGUGACCGCCUCUGAGCCCAUGACGGACAAGAAGCCACCCCUGGUGCCAAGCAGUGCUCGUCCCAUGCCCAUGGAGCAAAGGUCUGCUCAUUGUACACCAGAACCAGAGGUGCUGCCCACUCGACCUCCUUCAGACACUGAAAAGUUAAUGCGCCCUCCUCAGUCUCCAGCAAAAAGCACAGAUAAGCAUGCUGCUCUAGAUGGAGCCAAAGAGGCACAGAAAGAUGCACCAACCCCAGGCAUCUCCAGCAUGAGAUCUCGACUACAGAGACUGGCUGAGCAAAGGCAGUACUGGGACUCUGAGGGGACCUCAGAAACAAUCCCAGAGAGUGUAGUUUUAUCUCCUCUGAAGUCUCACAAAGUGGAUCUCCCUCCUGCUACUCCAACAAACUCUGAGCUCCCCGUUGGAAGAAAGGGUAGACUGGCAAACCUUGCUGCCACAAUUGGUUCCUGGGAAGAUGCCCUUGGACACCUGCCGCCUCCCCGGGACAAUGCACAACCACAGCCUGGCACGGCCUGUGUGUGCCCACCAGUAAGUACAGUGACGAGCAACAGUUCCAAGCCAAGUCCUGCUGUGGAACGACCUCAGACUGCCCAACCAGCUCAACACAAGUCUGUUGACAGCGGUCAGCAGGUGGGUCAAGCCAAAAACAGAUUCUGUUCUAUCCUUUUUAUUAUGUAUUAUUCUCCAGUCAAGUCAACCAGAGUGGUUCCACCUAGUCCUCAGAAGACCGAGUUUCCUCAGUCCAGACUGGCUCAAGCAGAUCCCUCUCCUGUUUCCAGCCCACUGAAGAUUUACUCCUCCACUCAGCCCUCCAGUCCACUUAAAUCUUUGAAAGCAUCUUCCUCCAGUCCCCACAGAGGUUAUGUCUCUCAGAGCCCCCUGAAGAACCAGGGCCCAUCUAAGUUGAAUUCUGGAGCAGCACUUAAUUCAAGCCCUGCAAAACCAAUUUUGACACCUAAACCCUCUUCUACUGCUGAUGUUACUGUCAUACAUCAGAGUCGUGAGAGAUUUACCAAGGACACGAGUCACACGACACUCAUACAGCACAGAGACCUAGCUGGAACUACUGGUCAUAGGGGUCAAGUCAUUUUUGGAGAAAGGUGCCAGGAGCGCAACCAGAAUUCUCUACUAUUCUCUAGGGCUACUCCCUCUGCCACCCCCAAGUCCAGGCUACUCCAGGAGAGGCUGGGGUGCGCCCAGGCCACCUCUACCACAGCUGUCCUUACUCAGAAGCAGAAAAUGGAGCGAGAGGCAGAACUGGCACAAAUUCAUAAUCGAUUUCAAAAAGGCAACAUGUUGAGGAGCAAAGAGGAUCUUAGUAAGGUCAAGAAUGACCCUGAAAACAAGGAAAUUGAACUGUCUGUACAGAGUCAGACUUCUGUGCCAGUGCAUGAUUAUGAGCCUUCUACGCCAGUGCCUGAAGUACUCAACAGCCCUUCUAAAUAUAGUGAAAAAGAGAAGGAGUGUGCUCUUCCAAGCCCUGCAAAGGAAGUUGAAUUUAAAGAAGAGAUUCCUAUAGUGAAAGAGCAAGAGGAAGUAAAAGAAGUAGAUGAAGUGCAUGAGAUUGAGAUGAACGUGGAUGGUUCCGUUAACUCUGAGGUGAUAAAUGAGCUGUUUGAUGGAGUCCUGGAGGAGAGCAAGGAGAAAAGUGAUGAGGAGGAUGCAGAAGAAGAUGCUCUGAAUAUCUCCUCCAUGUCUCUCCUUGCUCCACUUGCAGAGACGGUAGCAGCUGUGGUCAAGAGCCCAGAAAGAAAGCCUAUGACAUCGACUCCUGCCAGCUCAUUUAUUGAGAAGAGUUCCACCCCUGAGAGUGUAUCCAGGCCCAGUAAGUUCCAAAGGACACGCAUGUUACGAGCUGGAUCAUCUGACGGCAUCAAUGUCAUAGAUGAGCAGCAAAACCAGAACCUUCUCUACAGCAUUGAUGCCUACAGAUCCACAAGGGUUAAGACAGAGUCAGAGAGACCUCAUGUUAAACAGGUGAUCGUGAGGAAAGAGGAUGUGUCUCAGAGAAUGGAGACCAAUGGGAGCCCCAGUCACAUCAACAUCAAGCAGAAAAUGAAGAUGUUGACCAAUGAGAUGAACCUGCAGCAGACAGUGAUCCAUCAGGCUAGUCAGGCUCUCAACUGCUGCACAGAUGAAGAACAUGGGAAAGGAUCUCAAGUGGAGGCUGAGGCUGAGAGACUGCUGCUUAUUGCCACCGAAAGGAGGGCCGCCCUGAAGGCUGAUUUGGACCAGUUAAAAGCAGAAGGUCCAACAGCCCAGAAGAAAAGCACAAGCAGUGCCCAGGUGGAUAUGGGUUUACCUGCUUCUAAAGGGUCCAUCUCACUGCUGGAGCUGCGGCUCCCUCUGAAGGCUGACUUUAUCUGUUCUUCUGCCAACAAGCCUGAAUGUGGAAACCAUUACUUCUUUGUGAUGAUCCGUGCUGGAGCUGAGAACACCGUGGCGACUCCUCUUGCAAGCACACGCACUGGUCUAAGUGGCGAUGCUUUGACCUUCUCCACCAAAUUCACUUUGUCUGAUGUCUCUAAUGACUUUGAGAUUGAUAUUGAGGUGUACUGUUUUGUUCAGAAACGGGAGCUGAACCCUGACAAGAGGAAAAAGCCCAACAAGUCAAAGGCUAUCACACCAAAAAGGUUCCUUGCUAUCUCUAAGAGCAACCUCCAAACACCUGUUGUGGCUAGCCCCGGUGGUCCAAACGCAGUGCGCACCAGUAGCUUUGUACUUGUAGGAUCACACAAGCUAACUCUAGCCUCUAUUGGGAAAAACAACUUCCUGCUGGAGAAGAUCAAAUAUGAAGGGGUUGAAAGAGAGCUGCUCAGUGACAUGUUUCACAAAAAGGUACCUUUCCUUUGUCCUUUGGAGGGGCACGUUUACCUGAAAAUGCAGUGCGAGGUUGGCUCACGGAUAGAAGAAAGAGGCUUCCUGACUAUGUUUGAGGAUGUCAGUGGAUUUGGAGCCUGGCACAGGAGGUGGUGUGUCCUUUCAGGAUACUGCAUCUCUUUUUGGACCUACCCUGAUGAUGAAAAACGAAAGAAUCCAAUUGGUCGCGUUAACCUUGCCAACUGUACGAGUCGUAAAGUGGAGCCGGCAAACAGAGAGUUCUGUGCCCGGCCCAAUACCUUUGAGCUCAUCACUGUGAGACCACAGAGGGAGGAUGACAGAGAGACCCUGGUCAGCCAGUGCAAGGACACUCUGUGUGUUACAAAGAACUGGCUGAGUGCCGACACUAAGGAUGAGAGGAAUCUGUGGAUGCAGAAGCUGAACCAGAUCUUGGUAGACCUGCGCAUGUGGCAGCCAGAUUCAUGCUAUAAACCCAUGUAAGGCUGCUCUCAUCGGGCACCAAGGGCCAAAAGUAUCCUAGUCUGACUUUCACAUUGACUGUGUAUAUGUCAGAUUUGGAAGUGCAAUAUGGCAUCAUAGUUACACAGUGUUUACAGAUACAUUUUACAAGUUUGUUGUUAGAAAUUUGACGAAAGUAAAAAAAAUUAAAAAAAAUUCAAUAAAGCCAUAAAUUAAGAGACAUUUCAAUUAAAGGACAAAAUGCUUUGCCUUACAAGGGUUUUCAGGUAUGUUUUUGAUACUUUUGUCUGUAAUUUAGCAAGGAUUGUUUGAAGACUAAUGAAAGUGUGUUUGCUUUGUUAGACUGUCAAUUUUUAUAUGUAUAAAUGUCUUUUGCAUGACUGCUGUCUGCUGAGAUACCUGCUGUAGUCAGAUUUCUCAGAAUAUUCAUCAAGCAAGACAGGAGGCAAUGUCCUGAAUCCUUAAAUGAACGACACAUUUAAUGUCAGUACUUUGUGGUGACAAAUUUCAUUUUCAUAUUAAGGACUGCCAAAACCCAUGAUCUGUUUUUAUAUCUGUAUAUUUACUGUUAUAGGGAUGACUUAAAUUUUUGCUCAUCUGUUCCAGGAAUCAGAAUUUUAUUUUUUGGGGGGUUUGGUUAGAUUAGAGUUAUGAAAUUUAUAUUUAUAUAUCAUUUUCUUUAAGUAAACAGUGGGGAGCUCACUUGGAUAAUGAAAGGGAAUGGGCUUUUUUUUCUCUCCUUUUUUGGACAUUUAUGGCCAAUGUUGGUCUUUCUGUGGCUGAAAAAAUGCAUACAAUU